UUACUGCAGAGAGACAAAGCAGGACAACUGAGACAAACCUGGACAAAUAACUGCAGAGAGAGACUGACCGGGACAUGUGACAGCAGAGAGACAGACCAGUAUCUGAGCUGUCUGUCUUUCAGACUCGAGCACGGAACAGGACGCUUUUGUGUGAUGGUGACAGUGGAGCUGUGAGUGUCUGUGGCUCGUUGCCAUGCCGACAAACUCCCCUGCAUUGGACAGACUGCACCUUUAAUUCUUGUGUUUAUGUGCAUAGACGGGGUUUGUUUGUUUUUUUUGGAUUGUGGAUACCAUCAGCCAUAGUGGACGUGGCUAUUAUCCCUUUUAUGUUGGUCUCCACGGUAACCAGGCUCAGGUGAUGGUCAGCUGUCCUUUGUGUUUGACACUGGCCUCUUUGGUUUCCAUGUUUGGCUUUGAUUUUCCCGUAAGCCCCUGCUCUGCUGUGUGUGAGUGCAGAUGGAGUUAGCAGCAGCAGAAGCAGGUAGUAGUGGAGGUCCUGAUGGCGGUGGAGGAGGUCCUGAUGGCGGUGGAGGAGGUCCAGGGACGAUGCCAGGCCUCCGCCGUCGCUCAGGAGCCAUGAAGCGGAGGAGGAGGUGGGGAGUUUUGAGGCAGCAGUGGAAACUCUUGGGCCUGUUUGAGAUCGACCAACAGCACGAGUUCUUCAGCCUGACCUGCAUGAUGAAGGAGGGACUGGCAGCAGCCAUCGAGAACACUGUCCACCACGCGUCCACGACGGAAGCGUCAGACGAUGACUUCAGAUCAGAGGACACCCACAUUCAUAAGGACUUCACCAUGCAGACGUUCGCAGGCCCGGUGUUCUCCAGCCUGCGUGGCUCUCUGGGACUGACAGAGCAGGAGUAUCAGCAGUCGCUCUGCUCUGAAAACUCUUACCUCCAGUUCAUCAGCAACUCAAAGAGCAAGGCUGACUUCUUCCUGACGAACGACAAACGCUUCUUUUUAAAGACCCAGAACAAACGAGAAAUCAGGUUCCUACUGGACAAUCUGAAGAUCUACAUGGAGCAUCUGAGGAGGUUUCCUCAUUCACUACUGGUCAGGUUCCUAGGUGUUCACAGGAUUAUAAUCCCACACAGACCUAAGAAAUACUUCAUCGUUAUGCAAAGUGUGUUUUAUCCAGAUGACCGAGUCAAUGCCAGGUACGACAUUAAAGGCUGUGAGAUGAGUCGCUGGACAGAGCCUCCGCCAGAGGGGAAACACAUCAUCGUGGUUCUCAAGGAUCUCAACUUUGAAGGCCAGUACAUAGAGCUGGACCAGCAGCGUUCCUGGCUCCUGCGUCAAGUGGAGGUUGACACGCACUUCCUGCAGCAGCUCAAUGUUUUGGACUACAGUCUCCUCCUGGCUCAUCAGCCCCUGCACCGAGACGAACGCCUUCAGAACCUCUCGUUUGCUUCCCUCAUCGUCAGAACUAAAAGAUCUGUGAAUCCAGGCUCCAGCCCUGCCCUCACGGACGUAGCUGCCCCUGUUCCAGGAGAAGUCCCGGAAGAUGACUCCAUCUCACUAAUGUCAGAGAGGGACGAAGGGUGUUUGAAGAAACCGAGGCCUGGAGAUACCGCGCAGGGAAGCGACGCAGCCGAGGCUCCCGACUUCAAGGCCCAGAACCGCCGUUUGCUCCCCAACUUCAAGAAUCCUCUGCACGUCAUUGACGGGUCUGAGCAGCGCUACUUCAUCGGCAUUGUGGACAUUUUCACCGUGUACGGUAUUAGGAAGAGGCUGGAGCAUUUGUGGAAGAGGCUGAGGCAUCCAGGCCGGUCGUUCUCCACCGUCAGUCCACAGACUUACUGCGUGCGGCUGUGUCAGUGGGUACAGGAUCAUACCAAGUAGCCCAAAUCCGUGGUUCCAUCAAUAGGAACGGUCGUUCUGGUACAGUACGGUACGUACUUAAGAAUCGUACCAAAAAGUCCCAUUUUUGGAACUCUUCCCUUGUGGUACAAGAGUGGUACGGUAUGGUCAGGGUGGAGCUAGACCGGUACCCUGACCCAGGGCUUUACCAUUCUAAACCGUACCACACUGUACCAAACUGAACCGUUCCAUGAUGGAAACACAGUACAAGAGUCACUCAAGUGAGUUCCAGACAUGAACUCCAAACAAUACCCGGGACAUUUAGUUUUUUGUGCACAAAAGUAGAACGCAGCAGUAUACGGGUCAGACGCCUUCACACCAGCAGGAGAGUGUCCAGGUGAUGGGGGGGGGAGGGGCUGGGUCACACUUGCAGCAGGUAGAACACUCACUGGCUGUGACAUUGUUCUCACGUGGGCUCAGCUGGACUUUACCUGGAGAUUUGACUGGGAAUCUGGUGGAAGAAUUUGAGGUAAAUUUCGGGAGUGACUGUUGACGGACAUUUGUGUGCUCAAACAUAAAGGGCAUAAUGAACAAAUCAAAAUGGUUUACCAUGUUUUGUGUAAAGCUUGAGCCUCGUGUCUGGAAAAACGUGGAAUAAUAAUGAUCUGUGCCGUAACCUGAGUCUAAUGGAUAAAGGAUGCGGAAGAGAUAAGGUCUUUGUCUCAGACUCAUUUCCUUUGUUGGUUUUCACUGCCUCACACUGACAACAUGAGCAGAUCUGCAGUUAUUUCA